AUUUCCGGUCCUUCCAUCUCCGUCUCUAUGCUCCGGGCGGUCCAGCGCGGUGCCGGAAGUGGCGCGGUGGUGGCGAUGGCGCUGGACCGGCGGUGGCCGCUGGCGCUCGCCCGCGGCGCCGUUCCGGUGGCGCUGGGGCUGCUGCUGUGGGUGGCGAUUGCGGGCGGCGAGCAGGAGCGGCAGCAUUCGCUGAAGGGCAAGCCCGGGGCGGACACGGCGAAUUUGGCGCAGCGGCGGCGCCACAAUGAGCUGAUCAUGACGGCGCUGCGCGAGGCCGCCCAGACCGACGAAAACGUGGCGUAUCGCGGAGUGCCGUGGCGGAAGUGACUUCAGCACCGGGAGCCCCCCUCUCAGCCUGUUUCCCGGUGUCCCGCCCUUUUCCCCGGAACCGUCACCGCCUUAAGCGGUUUCGCACGGAACUCUUUUGCGCUGUUGCACCCGGACUUCUAUAAAUCACCACACUUCCGGCGCCUU